AUGUGUAAACGUGGCCAGGUGUCGGCCUGUCCGAGCGUCCGUGCAGUGGGUCACCCGCUGACUCGCAGGAGUGAACUGGUGAACCCCCGUAUCCUGCAGGUCCUUACCACUCACCAAGUUCGUCGAGAACGAGGGGAGGUACAGACCAGACAGGGUGCCCGAGGGGGCAGCCGGACACGGGAGGACAGUGGAGAAGUGAGAGAGGACAGGGCCCCCAGAGGGGUCAGCCAGGGAGACUGCGUGAGUGUGGUGCGGUCUCAAAAGAAGGAGCGAGAAGCCCCUGAGUCAAGUGUGAAGGUGAGGGAGGCCGAAGCCGACGCAGUACCUGAGAGCGCAGCCUCACCAGUACCUGAGAGCGCAAACGCACUGGCACCUAGAGCAGCAGCCUCACAAGCACCUAGCGCAGCAGUACCAAUGCCCGGGUCGGGUGGGAAACACCGCGUCCGUCAGGCGGCCAAAGCAGCGCUGGGUGGGGUGGGCACCCCCACAUUGCUCACCCGCGUGGUCGUCGGAACGAAGGACGUAGGUGCACGGACCAAAACCCCCACCACGCUGACGCUGCGCGUACCACUCACGGAGCUGCUGAGGCGGGGGGAUGUCCCGAGAACGCUGCUGCUACUGCUGGCGCUGACCACCACCAGAGCCGCUCCGCUGCGGGGCACCACCUCGACCAGCUCCACCCCCUCCGCCACCGCCGCCUCCACCUCCGCCACCACCGCCGCCUCCGCUCCCACCGCUGCCGCCGCCACCACCUCCGCCUCCGCUGCCGCCACCACCACCACCACCCCCGCGACCACUCCCACCGCCACCCCCACUCCCUCCGCCGCCUCCACCGCCACCUCCACCGCCCCCGCCAGCUCCACCCGCGCCCUUGCCCCCCUUGCCCUUGCCAGGUCGGCGUCUCCCGCUAGGGGCAGACGCCGCGCCGACUGA